GCGCAGUGAGUUACCUGAACCUCCAAUUAUUCCCUGUGGGUGCAUUUAAGGGUGAUUUCUAUCCUUUGCAUUUAUUCUGAGCUGCAAAAGUAAAUUUCUGCUUUAUCAUGGCUGAUGCUAGGAGCAAUAAAUCCCAAAGCAAAGGAAAAAGGGGGCAUUCUUCUGAUCCUAAAGAAAGUUCCUCAGGGGAUUCUGUUCCUCCCAAGGCAGCCAGAGUUUCUACUAGAUCCACUCACUCCAAGAGUGCUAAUAUUGCUACAUCAUCAAGAGAAGAGACCAGGAGGCAUAAGGCCAUGGAAAAGGCCUUUCAAAAAGCUGCUUCAGAGGCCUCUAGAGUUUCAUCUCCUUCUGUGGGGCCUUCUAAAUCUCCUGCCCUCCCCACUUCCAAUGUGGCUGUUCCUUCUUCCCAAAUUCAAAUUGAACAUGAUUUUUCUCCUGAUCAGUCUACUCUGGGUGAGAAUGUAGCUGCUGAUGCUUCUUCAGUUUUUCCUGCUGCUAGGCCUCUAUCUCCAAUUGUUUCUAUUCAGGCCCCCCCAAGGCAAGAAUUUCCUGAGGCUCAAGCCCAAACCUGCAUUCAGGGGUCUGAGGCUCCUGUAAAUUUAACUCCUGCCCUAGCUGAACUUGUUUCUGUUUCAAUUAGGCAGGGUAUUGCUGAAGGCCUUCAGCAAAGGGCCUCUUCUGAGGCCUCCAGUUAUGUGAGUCAGCAGAGUCGUUCUGUGAGGGCCCAGAUGGUUGCUGAUCCUGUGCAAUGUGAAGAAAGGGCGGAUUCCCCGGAAAAUGCAAGUCAAGGUUCCCUGUCUGAGGGGGAAAUUGCCCCUGAUCAAGAUCUCUCGGAGGAUGAAGGCCUUGAACCAGACCAGCCUUCCUUCAUUGGUCUCUUCAAGCCUCAAUUAUUCAGAUCCCUUCUAUUUAAAGCUCAAAAUGUUACUGGCCUGGGAAUUUCUUCUACUCCUUCCUCUCAAGGGGCUUCUACACCAUCUUCUCAGCAUCCCUCUUCAUCAUUAUUAUUUCAGGAACCUUCCAUUCGUGCAGAGGUCGUUCCAGCUCCCAAGCUGUUUUCUGAUGUCGUUCAAAGACAGUGGUCUUCUCCUAGUUCUGGCCCGGUUCCCAAUGGUCUAGAUAAAAGAUUUUAUAAUAUGGCAUCUGAUUUUGCUAAUAUUCUUCAAGUUCCUUCUGUAGAUGCUCCCGUCGUCGCCCUCUCUUCUGCAUCUCCUCUUACUGGUCCGUCAGAGGAAUUCCUGCGCCCUGAAGAUAAGAAGUUGGAACGCUCCUUGGUCAAGGACCACCAGGCCUCUGCUUGGUCAAUUCAGGCCUCCUCGGCAGCUUCCUUUUUUAACAGGGCCUCCAUCCUUUGGCUUCGCCAAUUACAGGAAAGGCUGCCUCCUUCUGAUAUGCGAUCUCACCAGGACAUCAACAAGAUCCUAGCUGCUGUUGAGUUCUCUGCUGAUGCUACUCUGAAUGCGGCAAGAUUUUCAGCUAAGGCUAUCGGGGCUUCAGUCACUUCUCGUAGGCUCCUGUGGCUUCGUCAGUGGCAGGCAGAUGUUCGGAACAAGUGGAGACUGGCUUCAGCUCCUUUCUCGGGGAACUAUCUCUUCGGCCCAGCCUUGGACCAACUCCUCAUCGAGACGAAGGAUCAUCGCAAGAUUCUGCCUGCCUUAUCGAGAAGAUCUGAUCCUCGUCAGCAGGGUUCCUUUCGAGGCCAUUCCUUUCGCUCCGACUUCUCUUCCUUCCAGUCCAGGCCUCAGCGGUACCCUCAGCCCAGGGGCGGACAACAGCAGGAUUUCCAGGAGCACGUCAGAGGCCAGAGUCCCCUUGACUCCUCAAGUUCUCCGGUCCUUGGCAUGGUGGACCUCUCCGGCUCUUGCUCAGGGAUGCCUGUUCAGAGUGCCUCAACGCGUGAGCAUCACCACGGACGCGAGCCUCUUCGGAUGGGGGGCUCACCUGGGGUCUCAGCUGGCCCAAGGGCAGUGGUCGGUCCAGGAGAGGGGACUUCACAUCAACAUCUUGGAGCUCAGAGCCAUCUUCCGAGCUCUUCGCAAGUUCGCUCCUCUCCUUCGAGGUCUGGAUGUCUUGAUCAGAACAGACAACGUAGCUGCCAAGGCCCACAUCAACCGGCAAGGAGGGACCCUCUCCAAGGCUCUCAUGAGGGAGGCAUCUCGUCUCUUCAGGUGGGCGGAGAGUCACUUGGCAUCCAUCCACGCCUCUCACAUCUCAGGGUCAGCAAAUGUUCAGGCGGACGCUCUCAGUCGAUCGGUGGUGGACCAGACGGAGUGGAGCCUCGAUCCAUUUCUGUUCCAGGACAUCGUGCAUCGCUUCGGCCUUCCAGCAGUGGACCUCUUCGCGUCCGAAUCCAACCACCAGCUUCCGAGGUUUUACACGAGAUUCCUGUCCCGGGAGCCGAAGCUGUGGACGCCUUGAUCAGCCCGUGGCCUUGUGGUCUUCUUCUCUAUGCUUUCCCACCUCUUCCCCUCAUCUCCAGGGUCAUCAGGAAGCUGUUGCAGGAACAAGCCGAGCUCAUCCUUCUGUCUCCCUUCUGGCCCAGACAACCGUGGUUUGCGGAUCUGAUGGCUCUCUCUGUUGCUCCCCAUUGGCAGAUCCCGGCCGACAAAAUAUCUCUGUGGCAGGGCCGUCUAGCUCAUCCAGACCCUCAGUGGUUCCGGCUGACCGUCUGGAGGUUGAGCGGUUCCUCCUGCCCUCAGCCAGGGUGCCUUCGGAAAUAAUUUCUAUGA